AUGAACGCCAUGAUUAGCAAUUGGAAGAUCGCCUCGGUCUGCGGCCUCAUUCUGUCUCAGGCGUGCGCUGCGUCCCCAUCAGUGGCGCGUGAUGUCUCUGCUGUGAACAAUGGCCCGAAUUGUCAACAGGCGUGUGACGUCUUGGCCGCCGGCUUCCCCGGCAGACUUCACUACGAGGCCUCCGACAGCAACUUCACCAUUUGGGAUCAGAAGCAGCUCGAGACGGCUUACGUCUGCCGCGUCCAGCCCACUUCAACCGACGAGGUCUCUAAGAUUCUCAAGGUACUCGUGGACAGCUGGUGCAAGUUUGCGGUGAAGUGUGGUGGCCAUUCCCGGAACCCCGACGACUCGGUCUCGACGGCUGGAGUCACCAUCGAUCUCGACUUGAUGAGCACCAUCACUGUAUCAGACGACAGGAAGACAGCAAGCAUCGGCGGUGGGUCUGUCACCCGGCAGAUAUACGCUGCUCUUGACCCGUACGGCCUGACCAAUGUCGGUGGACGAGUCGGCCAGGUCGGUGCGGGCGGCUUCACCCUGGGCGGCGGUACGUCGGCCCUUUCGGCGAAGUACGGAUGGGCUUUGGAUCACGUGUUGGAGUACGAGGUUGUGCUGGCCAACGCUAGCGUGGUAAAGGUGUCAGAAAGCUCCCACCCCGAGUUGUACUUCGCGCUGCGAGGUGGAGGCAACAAUUUCGGCAUCGUCACAUCGUUCAUUGUCGACGUCUACGAGCAGGAUCCCGUGUACACUGGAGCGCGCACCUUUCCCGAAAGCCAGAUCGUCCCGCUGUUGGAGGAGGUCGAAAAGAUCUUCACGGUUGAAGACGAGCAAGAUACCAAUGUCGGACUUGAAUACCGCUACACUUUCUCCCCCCAGAACGGCUGGACUGUAUCGACCACGCAGCGAUAUGCAGAGCCCGUCAUGAAUCCCCCCGUAUUCGACGCCCUCAACAGCAUCCCGGCCGUGGGCAACCUCACGGGGGGCAUCAACACCCUGGCGAGCAGCACCAGCGCUGUCGGCCAGCUGGGAGUUACAAGGAACCUCUUCACCUCUUUGACCCACUACCCGUCUUUGGAGUUGAGCCAGCAAGGCCUUGCUAUCAUGAAGAACCUCACCGAGACCAGAAACUUAACCAGCCUCAACCCCCAGCUCAUCACGUACUCUAUCCCUGCGGCGAUGAUGAGGAACUCAAAGGCUAGAGGCGGCAACGCUCUCGGUCUGGAAGAUGUCUCGGGACAUCUCAUAAUCAACCUUUUUGCUCUGAGCUGGACCGACAGAACAUUGGACAAUGCAGCAAGCAUGCUUGCGGAGACCUUUAUCACCGACUUCCGGGCGGCGGCAGAGAAGCUCGACGCGUUCCACCCCUUCAUUUACAUCAACUACGCCAACAAGGGUCAAGAUGUUUUUGGCGGAUAUGGGCAGAACAACCGGGACCGUUUGAUGGAGAUCUCGAAGGCAGUGGACCCCAAGGGUGUCUUCGCCUCCUCCGGUCUCUGGACUGGAUUUUUCAAGGUCCGCUAA